UGCGUAGGCAAAAAUGAAAAUCCCGCCCUUUUUUUUCUCUCUCUCCUCCUCCUUUUCGUCUUCCUUUGAUCGUAACAUGUCUUCUCUGAAUGAAAUUAAAAUUAUUAUUUUCUAAAUCAUAUUAUUUGUAAUUAUUAAUUAUUUUGAUUUUCGACCAAAAUUUCCGCAAGCUCGAAAGUCCUCUCUCGUUCUUUCGCUCGUUCGCUGGCUCGCACGUUCACUUUCUCAAUUCCUAGGGUUUCUGUUCAUCCUCUUGAGGUUUCAUAUACAUAAUCUUUAUGUUGCCGAGAAAUUUCAAGUUUUUAAUCCUGGAAAAGGAACGGUAUUGUAAUCUGGGACAAGAAACGAUACUGGAAGUGAACAACUAGGUCAUGAUGGUUGAUUUGGGCAUUUCACUUGCAAGGGUAGCGACUAGCUUGGAUGGGUAUGGUCCAUUUCUUUUGGGAUGGCUGGUCACUGGGUCAUUUGGGCUUCUAGCCAUCAUCUUUGCAUUUCUUAAAUGGCAGAAAAGGACAUCUCUAAAUUGGGUUAAAGCUGCAGCUAGAGCAAAGAAAGAAGUCUGGAAGAAGCUAAAAGUCCCUUUAUCACAUCAUACGUGGAUCGAAGAUAUGACUAAUGGUGAACAGCCAUCCACUUGUUGUGUUUGCUUGACUUCCUUGGUGUUUCUUCAUAACCUAGGAACAAAAGCCUCUUAUCGCACUCCUGUUCAUCGCUGCUCUGUUUGUGGUGUAGCAGCUCAUUUCUAUUGUUCUCAGUACGCAGUAAGGGAUUGCAAGUGCGUGGCACAAGCUGGUUUUACCCAUGUCCGACACCACUGGUCCGAAAGAUGGGUUAAUGUGCAUGAUAAUCCGGAGAUCUCGGCCUUCUGUUUUUAUUGUGAGGAGCCAUGUGGUGUUCCUCUCCUUGAUGCUUCUCCUACAUGGCAUUGCCUAUGGUGUCAGCGCCUCAUACAUGUCAGAUGUCACAACAAAAUGGCAAAAGAAUGUGGUGAUGCUUGCGAUUUUGGUACUCUUAGGAGAAUUAUUAUUUCUCCUUUGUGUGUGAAAGAAGUUGGCCACUAUAAUGGAGGUGGAAUGCUAAGUUCAUACACAGAUGAAAUGCUAACCUCAUCUGUUCGUCCCCAGAAUAGAAGAAAGCGCCGCCAUUGUAAGCAUGGUAAUGGUCAGUCAGCUAAUGGUAACUUAGCCACUGAUGCACCUGUGGAGUAUGUGUUCAAUGGAUUUACUGGUAUAAAGAAAUCCCGUAGUGAGAAGAGUUUUGACUACUUGAAGAAGGAUGAUAAGGAACUGAUUGUUAAGAGCAACCAUAAUGGGUUUAUGCAAGGAAAGGGUGGAACUGUCACCCGUGGGCAAAUUAAGAAAUAUAAACUGGUUGAUUUGCCACAUGAUGCAAGACCUCUUUUGGUCUUUAUUAAUGCAAAGAGUGGAGGUCAACAUGGGGCUUCUCUAAGGAGAAGGCUGAACAUGCUAUUGAAUCCUGUGCAGGUUUUUGAACUGAGUUCUUCCCAAGGGCCUGAGGUGGGUUUGGAAUUGUUCAAUCAUGUGCAUUAUUUUAGAGUUUUGGUAUGUGGAGGAGAUGGCACUGUUGCAUGGGUCCUUGAUGUGAUUGAGAGGCAUAAAUUUGAAUCACCCCCACCUGUUGCUAUUCUCCCCCUUGGCACAGGAAAUGAUUUGUCAAGGGUAUUGCAAUGGGGAAGAGGCUUCUCGACGGUUGAUGGACAAGGUGGCUUAACCACGCUGUUGCAUGAAAUUAACCAUGCUGCAGUUACAAUGUUAGAUCGCUGGAAGGUAAACAUCAAAUCAGAAGCUGAUCCGAAUAAAGUGCAGUCUAAGUUCAUGAUGAACUAUUUAGGUAUUGGAUGUGAUGCAAAGGUUGCAUAUGAAUUUCAUGUAACUCGGGAAAUAAAUCCUGAGAAGUUCAGUAGUCAGUUUGUGAAUAAAUUACGAUACGCUAAAGAAGGUGCCAGAGAUAUAAUGGACCGAACUUGUGCUGACCUUCCUUGGCAAGUUUGGCUUGAAGUUGAUGGGAAAGACAUAGAUAUUCCAAAGGAUUCAGAGGGUCUAAUCGUACUCAACAUUGGCAGCUACAUGGGUGGAGUAAAUCUUUGGCAAAACGAUAUUGAGCAUGAUGAUGACUUCAGUCUUCAGUCCAUGCAUGAUAAAAUGCUUGAAGUUGUAUGCGUAUGUGGAGCUUGGCACCUUGGCAAACUUCAGGUUGGACUUUCACAUGCUAGGAGACUAGCCCAAGGGAAAGUCAUAAGAAUACAUGCCUCCAGUCCUUUCCCGGUCCAAAUAGAUGGAGAGCCAUUUAUACAACAACCUGGCUGCUUAGAGAUCACACAUCAUGGGCAGAUGUUCAUGUUGAGGAGAGCUUCAGAAGAGCCGAGAGGGCAUGCGGCUGCAAUUAUGGCGGAGGUUUUAUUAGAUGCCGAAUGCAAAGGCAUCAUCAAUGCAUCCCAGAAGAAAACACUUCUCCAGCAGAUGGCCCUCCAGCUCAAUUGAUGUCACUCUGCUUCUCUUACCCCCGUCAUCGAAUUUUUAACAAUCCUUUUGUCCUCCUUUUCCUUACCCUUAUUUUGGGCUGGUUUAGUAGCCCUUGCCCACGCAUUUUUGGAAUUGCUUCUUUGUAGA